AUGGCUGAAACAUUAAAAGAUCUAGAUGGAUGGCAAGUUAUCAUUACAGAUGACCAGGGGAGAGUUAUUGACGAAAACAAUAGAAGAAGAUCAAGAAAAAGAGGAGGAGAAAAUGUGUUUCUGAAAAGAAUUUCUGAUGGAUUGAGUUUUGGGAAGGGGGAGAGCGUAAUAUUCAACGAUAAUGUGACGGAAACAUAUUCUGUCUACUUGAUCCACGAGAUCAGACUCAAUACACUAAAUAAUCUUGUGGAGAUUUGGGUUUUCUCUUACUUAAGAUGGUUCGAACUCAAACCAAAGUUAUACUACGAACAAUUCAGGCCAGAUAUAAUGAAGGAAAAUCAUCCCGUGGAAUUUUACAAGGACAAAUUUUUCAACGAAGUAAAUAAGAGUGAGUUAUAUUUAACUGCUGAACUAUCAGAGAUUUGGCUUAAGGAUUUCAUUGCAGUUGGACAAAUACUUCCAGAGUCACAAUGGAAUGAUAGCAGUAUCGAGAAAAUAGAGGAUAGAGAUUUCCUAGUACGUUAUGCAUGCGAACCUACUGCAGAAAAGUUUGUUCCAAUUGAUAUUUUUCAAAUCAUAAAAAGAGUCAAGGAAAUGGAACCCAAACAAUCUGAUGAAUACUUGAAAAGAGUAUCUGCACCAGUGAGUUUGAAUAAGACAAAUAGACAGGUAAUACAUAAGAUAGGGCUUGAGAGAUCUGUAAAGAGACAGCAGAGACUAGCAAAGAAACCUCCAAUGAAAGAAAUUAAAGUCGAACCCUCUUCUGAUGACGAUACAAAUAAGGAAAAUGUAUCGUAUAAGCAGGGAACCUCAGAAAUGUAUGGUUCACAGUCUCCCGAAAGAAAGUCUUUCUUUCUUAAUAGCUCAUCAGCGUCACCUACAGCGCUAACAUCACCCACAGAUUCUUCGAGGAUUGUACAAAAAAGAUCUAUAUCAAAGGAAUUGAUCGUUUCGGAGGAAAUACCAAUAAACUCCUCAGAACAAGAAUCCGAUAAUGAAGAACCAAGGGAACCAAACAUUGAACUUCAGCGAAAAUCAUCUGUGAUUUCAGCCCAACCGGAAUCAAAAUUGGAGAAUACAUCUACAGAAUUUAUUCACCGCCAAGAGAAUUUUGUACAUGAAAACAAUCCACCAAGAGUAAGUGAUGAUAGUGAACUUGAAGAGGAAACAGAUGGAUUUACCUCCGAAAGUUCCGGUGAAGCAAUAAUCGCAGUAAAUAAAAGACGUGGGACUCAUGGAAGCAAAAUGAGCAGAAAAACUAAAAAAAUCCACAUUCAAGAAACACAAGAGCUACCUCAAAAUGACGACACAGAAACAGAUAACGAGAUAGAAGGAAAUGGAAAAAUUGGAAUGCUCAUGGGUAGUACCAAAGACAAUAGUAUUAACAAUAAAUCUAUUCCAAGAAAAGGUAAUGCCAAGAUGAUUGAUUUUGCUGCUUUGUCAAAGUUGAAAAAAAAAUAUCAGAUGAUUUUAGACCGAUUUGCUCCAGGUAGUCAAGUUAUAGAUUUGUCUCAAUUGAAGAGAGCAAGAGACGAACAGUCAAGUCUGGACGUUGCAAGCCUCGAGGAUAAGCUUAGAAAAACACGUUCCACACCUGGAAAGGAAACCAUUCUGUCAAAGCUUAAUGGUAAGAUCGACUUAGAAGAAUUAAUCAGGGAAUCAUUACGAAAGAGAGAACUACAAAAAUCACAAGUCGAGGAUUUCAUAAAACUAUUUCUUCCAAUGUACGAGAGUUUAAUGUGUUCUCAAAAUAAAUUAUUUUAUGUGGCCAAUGCAGACGAUUCUACGAAAUCCAGCCUAGUGGAUGACGUGAUGGAUGAGCUUGUAACCUCAUCAGUUCAAAAGGAACUACCCAUUUUCGAUUACAUUCACGUCGAUGCGUUGGAAUUGACAGGAAUGAAUGCAUUAUUUGAGAAAAUAUGGUCCUCCAUCUCUAAAGAAAACCUAUCUGGUGAUAUAUCACUGGAAGCCUUAAACUUCUAUAUUACUAAUGUUCCGAAAGCAAAAAAGAGAAGGACAUUGAUAUUGAUCCAAAAUCUCGACGACCUACUGAAUGAAAAGAUAUUACAAUACUUUGAGAAAUGGAUUUCUUCGAAAAAUUCGAAAUUAUCUGUCGUUUGUGCAGGCGGACACAAUGUGAUGAUUAAAGAACAAAUAAAUGUGAUGCCCUCGUUCAAACCACACUUUACUGAAAUCAUACUUAAUAAGGUAAACAAAGAUGAAUUGCUGCAAAUGAUCAUUACGCGACUCAAAUCUUUAUUGAAACCGUUCUACGUAAAAGUAAACGAUAAAAAGGAAAUGGCUAUUUACAAUAAUAUUCGUGAAGGACAGAAACAAAAUAUACCAGAUAACGUGAUAGCAAUCAAUCAUAAGAUCAACAACAAAAUCAUUCAACUGAUUGCAAAAAAUGUAGCGAACGUAAGUGGUAGUACCGAAAAAGCUUUUAAGAUAUGUGAGACUGCCGUAGAAAUCUCUAAAAAUGACUUCCUGCGGAAAGGUGGUCUACAAAAGGGUAAACCAGUAGCAUUCCAGGAGAUGGUACCACGCUAUUUUUCAGAAGCUAUUAACGGAUUCAAAGACGAAACUAUCUCAAAAAAAGUUAUGGGAAUGUCUCUAUUGAUGAGGACAUUUUUAUACACCCUGGCACAAGAAACCGAAGGCACGAAUCGCCACACGCUUGCUCUGGAGACUGUCUUAAUUAAGAUGGUGAAGAUGUUGCGGGACAACCCAGGCUACAAAGCAUCAAAAGAAAUUAAGAAGGUCGUAUGCGGUGCCUGGGAGCCUAAGAUAACUAUAGAAAAACUGAAGCAGUUUUCUUGGAUAAGUGUAGUUAAUGACCUGGUGGGGGAAAAAUUAGUCGUUGUGGUACUUGAAGAGCCAAGCGCAAGUAUCAUGGUGGAGCUAAAACUUCCUUUAGAAAUAAGUUACGCUUUUUCGAUGGACGAAGCAUUCAAGAAUGCAGACUGCAUUUGA